AUGCAAGGCAUUAGGGACAAACCGUUCCUAGCAUUCCUGGACAAAAAUCCGCCUCUGACUCUGGCUGAAUUCAUGGCCCAGCCAGAUAAGUAUACGGAUGCCGAGGAAACCCGGAUCAUACGCGAAUCGGGCCAGAACGCAAAAAUCUCGACCAAAGAGUCAGCGAAAAAAGAAGUUGACUCAGCCGGAGGAAAGAAGCGUAAGGAAGAUUGGGCACGUGAUGAGCGUAGGUCGGGUGAGCGACUCGAUUACAAAUUUUCAACUUACACUCCACUCAACAAACCGCAGGAGCAGGUGUUGUUGGAAAUUAAAGGUGAAAGAUUCGUCUAUUGGCAAAAUAAACUCCGAGGCAAUCCUAACCAACAGAGUAAGGACAAAUAUUGUCAUUACCAUCGCGAUCAUGGCCACAAUACAAGUGAUUGUUAUCACUUAAAAGAAGAAAUCGAGAGGCUCAUCCGAGAAGGCCGACUCAGAGAGCAUGUCGAGAGGACCGAGACAACGGACGAACGUCAAGGUGAUAACCGACCCAUGGAGGAAAUCCGAACAAUUGUAGGUAGUCCCCGAGGUGGGGACGACUCAAACAAUGCUCAGAAAAAUCAUGCCAGGAACAUUAGUCGACCCGAAUCCGAAAUCCUAAUCCUGUCUCGGCCCCCGAAGGAGAAGAAAAUGGAGAGAUAUUGCAUAUCCUUCAUCGAUGAAGACACUCGAUGCAUCUAUCAUCCGCAUGAUGAUGCAUUGGUCAUUACGCUGACUAUAGCAAACCGAAAGGUAUUCCGCAUUCUCGUUGAUACAGGGUCAUCUGCAAAUGUAUUGUUCACUCAAGCAUUCGACAAAAUGGGAAUCGAACAAUCAGCUUUGCGGGCGGUUCACACCCCAUUGAUCGGCUUCUUGGGAGGACGAACACUCCAUGAAAGAGUCAUUUCGUUGCCUCUCACUACGGGGAACCCUCCCCAUCAAGCAACAGUAAUGGUCGACUUUCUGAUAGUCAAUCAACCAUCAGUUUACAAUGCGAUACUCGGCCAACCCUCUGUGUCUUCUCCAAGCUGUGGUGUCGACUUACCACAUUUCCAUGAAAUUUCGACCGAGUCGGGAGUAGGCGACCAACAGGACGCAAGACGCUGCUAUGCCACGGCCGUAAAAGCUCCAACCGAGGUAUCCAUGAUUAAAUCAUUGGAUCCUCGUACCGAGAACCACAAGCGAGGACAACCGGUAGAGGACCUUAUCCUGGUGCCUUUGGUUGAGACAGACGAGUCCAAAACAGUACAGAUGGCUCGUCUUUGCAGUCUCCCCUGA